AUAGGAAGUUACGCUGAGCUAUUUUGUACUUUAGUGAGUUGAACUUCUUGGAUUCCCACGUUCCGACAACACGUGAACGCAGCAGUAGGAGCUCAUCUGUUGGACAGGGAAACUAAUUAGAAGCCAAGUAAAGACUUUUCAGUACUGCGGGCUACCGGGCUAGCGCGGCGGGGAAGCCUGCCGUCACGGUGUAACCGCGUUCGGAACUUGUUAAAGACGUAUAGCAGCUUCUACGGUCUACAUGGAAGAACUUUUGAGGCAUGGUUCGGUAGCACAGCUGUGUCGUUCCGCAUAAAGUCAAGGGCGAACUCCUUCCGUCCAGCCGGAGCGUGUGGCUAGCUCACUGGUCCUAGCUGGGUAAGAAGUUGCAAGCGAAGGCAAUAAAAUGGAGCUAGACGACGUCGUCCUGUAUCAGGACGACUCGGGGGACUCCGCCGUGAUGUCCGAGCGGGUCUCGGGUCUGGCCAGCUCCAUAUACCGGGAGUUCGAGCGGCUGAUGGAGAAAUACGACGAGGACGUGGUGAAGGAGCUGAUGCCGCUGGUCGUCGGGUUGCUGGAGAACCUGGACUCGGUGUUUGCUGCCAACAAGGAGCACGAAGUGGAACUGGAGCUGCUGAAGGAGGACAACGAGCAGCUCGUCACCCAGUACGAACGGGAGAAAGCUCUGCGGAAACACGCCGAGGAGAGAUACAUUACCUUAGAAGAUUCCCAGGAUGGAGAGAAAAAGGACCUGCAGAGUCGACUGGUGACGCUCGAGUCUCACUCACGACAACUAGAGCUAAAAACUAAAAACUAUGCUGACCAGAUAAGCAGAUUUGAGGAGAGAGAAGCAGACCUAAAGAAGGAGUACAAUGCUCUUCAUCAGAGACACACAGAGAUGAUCCACAGCUACAUGGAGCAUCUGGAGCGGACGAAGCACCAGCACGCAGCAGCACCAGCAGAGUCCUCAGAUUCGGGCUCCUCAGCAAAACGACGGAAGGAACGUCCCAUCUCCAUGGGCUUAUUCCAGCUUCCUGGUGUUGAUGGUGUAACCCCUGAACUAAACAAGGACCCUGCUGAUCAGCCAUCGGAACCGUGGAGGUUCAACAACCUCGGCCAUCCACAGUCCAACACCAGCCUUAAGGAUGAACUGUCUCUUGCAAACAAGGGAAGCUCCAAGUCCAGCACACCAGCCCAGCAGAGAAACGUCUCCAAAACUGGAACGCCCGUGUCCCCAGGUGAAGGGAGGUCCAUAGCCAGCACCCCCAUGUCCUCCCAGGGUGGUAUCUCUAAAUCUGACACAGCUCCACACAGCGGCCAUUCUCAGUCCAACGCAUCAUCUGCUCACAACGUGUCGCCUCUUGGACAAGGGCGUGUCUCAUCUUCCUCUGAUGUUGCCAUGGAGUCUGUGGACACACUUCAACCGGAGCAGCAAACAUCAGAUGGGCUCAGCAAGAACCUGGACUGGGGGAGAGGCACGCCAGAGGGCAGUAAGCACAUAGAACCGGUGCAGAAGGAACAGGAGACCCAGGAGUCUUCAGCUUUAAAUCCUGAAGAGGAAGCAGAGAAGUCUGAGGUGCAGGGCAUCAUCGAGUCCACUCCCGAGCUGAACGUGGACUUUGAGGGCUGCAGAGGAACGAGCACGCCGACUAAAGGAGGCAUAGAAAAUUUAGCCUUCAACCGCAACACAGACUCUCUGUUUGAGGAGCUGUCGUCUGCAGGAAACGACCUGAUAGGAGACGUGGAUGAAGGAGCGGACCUGCUGGGUAUGGGUCGGGAGGUUGAACAUCUCAUCCAUGAGAACACCCAUCUGCUGGAGACCAAAAACGCUCUGAAUGUGGUGAAGAAUGACCUGAUCACUCAAGUGGACGAACUGUCGUGUGAGAAGGAGGUUUUGAGAGGGGAGCUGGAUGCCGUCACGCAGGUUAAAACCAAACUAGAGGAGAAGAACAAAGAGUUGGAGGAGGAGCUCAAGAAAGUUAAAGCAGAACUGGAGGCAACCAAACAGAAGAUCAAGAUCGACAACGAGGACGACAGCGACGUGCCCACGGCGCAGAGGAAGCGCUUCACUAGGGUGGAGAUGGCCCGCGUCCUUAUGGAGAGGAACCAGUAUAAGGAGAGGCUGAUGGAGCUGCAGGAAGCUGUCAGGUGGACGGAGAUGAUCAGAGCUUCCAAGGAGAACCCAGCUCUUCCAGAGAAGAAGAAAUCCAGCCUCUGGCAGUUUUUCAGCCGUUUGUUUAGCUCGUCGGGCGGAGCGGGCAAGAAGCCGGCGGGGGAGGCCCCAGUGAACGUCAAGUACAACGCACCCACCUCCCAGAUCCAGCCGUCUGUCAAGAAGAAGAGCAGCACCCUGCAGCAGCUGCCUGGUGACAAGAGCAAAGCUUUUGACUUCCUCAAUGAGGAAGCUCCAGCUGAGAGCGUGGCAUCGAGACGGGAGCAGAAACGGGCUCAGUACAAGCAGGUCAAAGCUCACGUGCAGAAGGAGGACGGCCAAGUGCAGGCCUUCGGCUGGAGCUUACCCAAAAAAUACAAAGCCAAUGGAGGUCAGUCAGAGGGAAGGAUGAAGAAUCUACCUGUUCCUGUCUUCCUCAGACCAUUGGAUGAGAAAGAUCCUUCAGUGAAGCUGUGGUGUGCUGCUGGUGUGAAUCUGUCUGGAGGGAAAACCAGAGAUGGAGGUUCGAUAGUUGGAGCCAGUGUGUUUUACAGCGACAUGGCGGGCUCAGAGAGCCCUAAAAAGAAGAUUGGCUCUCAGAGUAGUCUCGACAAGCUGGAUCAGGAGCUCAAAGAGCAGCAGAAGGAGCUGCGGCACCAGGAUGAGUUCUCGUCGCUCGUCUGGAUUUCCACUAGCACUCAGUCCACCUCUAAAGUGGUUGUCAUCGAUGCCAACCAGCCUGGGAACAUCCUGGAGAGCUUCUUUGUCUGUAACUCGCAUGUCUUCUGCAUCACUAGUGUUCCAGGCGCGCGAGAGACAGAUUACCCAGCUGGAGAGGACCUUUCUCCCACGUCCGAGGAAGGACCAGCAGCAGAUGGCAUUUUGUCAGCUGCCAACAGCUGCUCAGAGGGUGGAGACGACGUUUUAGGAGGCAUCACAGUGGUGGGCUGUAACGCCGAGGGAGCUGUUGCUGUUCCCCAGACAGCAGACCAGUCAGAAUCCAGACCAGCAGAAGAAGCCGUGGAGGCCGUGGAGACCAGUGCAGAAUCUGUGGACCCCAGUGGAAGCCUGAGGGGCGUCUACACAGAGCAUGUCUUCACAGACCCCCUAGGAGCUCAGCUGUCCAGAGAAACACCAGCCAACUACUCUCAGAGGGAGAGUGAUCUGCUGAAAGAUGGUGUGAGUUCCAACCACAGCUCGGAGGAACCUGACCCCAUGAGGGAAGAGGCUCAGAAAAUGAGCAGUGUUCUUCCCACCAUGUGGAUGGGGGCUCAGAAUGGAUGUGUCUACGUUCACUCGUCGGUGGCCCAGUGGAAGAGGUGUCUCCACUCCAUUAAGCUGAAGAAGCCCGUGGUUGGCAUUGUACACGUGAAAGGACGAGUCCUGGUCAGUCUGUCGGAUAGCACCCUGGCCGUUUUCCACAGAGGAGUCGAUGGACAGUGGGACCUGACCAACUACCAUCUGUUGGACCUUGGGAAGCAGAACCACUCCAUCCGCUGCAUGACUGUAGUCCACGAUAAGGCGUGGUGUGGCUACAGGAACAAGAUUUAUGUGGUGCACCCCAGAGCUAUGAAGAUAGAGAAAUCCUUUGAUGCCCACCCUCGUAAGGACAGCCAGGUUCGUCAGCUGGCCUGGCACGGCGAUGGCAUCUGGGUGUCCAUUAAACUGGACUCUACCCUCAGGCUGUUCCACGCUCGUACUUACCAGCACCUCCAGGACAUCGACAUCGAGCCGUAUGUCAGCAAGAUGCUCGGAACGGGGAAACUGGGCUUCUCCUUUGUCAGGAUCACGGCUCUCAUGGUGUCGUGUAACCGUUUGUGGAUUGGAACCGGUAAUGGAGUCAUCAUCUCCAUCCCUCUGACAGAAACAGCCAACAACGUGACCAAAGCAGCAGGAAACCAUCCUGGAGGCGUGGUUCGUGUAUACGGAGACAACAGUGGGGACAAAGUGAUGGCCGGGACAUUUGUCCCCUACUGCUCCAUGGCCCACGCUCAGCUCAGCUUCCACGGUCACAGGAAUGCCGUCCAGUUCUUCGCUGCAGUUCCAGGACAUCCUGAUCCGUCUGCUUCCUGUGGAGGAGAAACCGCAGGAGACAAGUCCACCGAUGCAGCAGCUCAGGAAGGAAAGCAGUCCAUGCUGGUGAUGAGUGGAGGAGAAGGCUACAUCGACUUCAGGAUGGGUGAUGAGGACGGCGAGGCAGAGGAGACUGAGGACGCCCCCCUGAAGCUGCAGCCUUUCUUGGCUGAAUCUGAGCGCAGCCACCUCAUCGUCUGGCAGGUUUUGGCCUGUGAAGACUGAGCUGGUGGACCUCCUAGAGGUCUGAUGCCUCUUUUCUGUCUCGCCGCAGAAAUGGAGGUGAAGCUGGAGGAGUCUGCUCUGGAGGCACAGCUUUCAUCAGCACUUAUGUUUGCUCCCUGAACAAUGAGAGCGACUCCUGCUGAAUGAGAGCUGGAGCGUUUUCUCUGAGAACUCUGGCUUCACUUUGUUCUGCUACGUUUUACGUCAGCGAGUCGGACCUCUGAUGCUUCAAGCGAAGGCGAAGCUGACCUUUUUGUGUUUUUCAGCUUAACCAGUCAAAGCUCAUACUGAACACAAGCUAGUACAAGAGAAUGUAAGCUGGACCAACUCAGGCAUCCAGUCAUGGAGGAUUCUUCAUCCAUUUUCUGUUAUUACCCUGGAGUUCCCCAGCUGUGUUUGGGUUAUUACAUAUGAACCAGUGAGAGCCCGGUUUGUGCCUCACACGUCACCGUAAACCCUUUAUGUCCCGUUUCCCUAACAUAACCACGUAAUCGCUGCUCUGAAGCAGCCGUCACAGGUCAGAGCAUCUCAUCCAACAGGGUUCUGGUUUCAUUCCUGCUCCUUAUUUUACAAGGACAAGGAAACGAAUAGAAACUACCUGAGCGGAUGUUUAAUUCAGAGAUUUAAAUUGUAAAAUAACUCAAUGUUUAGAUGAGAUGUUAAAUCUUCAACCAGACCAAAUCUUACUUUAUUUAUUCGACCACACAGCUAGAAGGCCAGUGGUGAUGGUGGCUGCAGCUGGGUUUUGUGUUUACACGCCGGCACACGGAAAGCACGUUCAAACUCUAGCUGACCCGUUCAGCCAUCCAAUCAGAUCAGUGAUGUCAUAGCUCCACUACUCCAGCUGCAGCGUGGAAAGAGUGCCUGGUAAUAAAUCGGUUGGUUUUUAGACUGAAUGCAGUCUGUGUUAUCCCUCGCAUCAGCAUGCUUAACCAUUAGCGUUAAUGCUAAUGUUCACGAGCUUGUGGUCACGCUAAUGGUGGUGUGUUUAAACUUGAUCCGUAUUAAUAAUGUGAGAGGAAAAGAUGGUGUCAUGAUGCCAUUUGACAUUCCCGGGCACGUUGCAUGCUGGGUAGUUAAGAGCUAAAUUACCAGCAGGAAGGUAGAAGCUACACAAAAGAAUGAGGUUUUGGUUUAAAGCUGGGCCUGUAAUCAUGACAAUCUACACAUUUCCAAACCUCCAGAGGAAAAACCAGGUCAAAGGUCAGAUUUGGAGAGCUCUAGAACCUUUACACACACCUGAGGGUUUAAGGGUGUCAAAGGUUGGCUCUUAUAACACUAUAAUGAGCUUUGAGCUAGCUUAAAUGGUUGAGACUAUAUUUGAUGGUCCAGGGCUAACUUAUAGAUUGGGGUGGGCAUUCAUUGUCCUCGAGGGCUGCUAUCCAGCAUGUUUUAGUUGUGUCCAUGUUGUAACACACCAGAUUUUAUCAGCAGGUGAUAAAAAGCUGCAGGGAAACAACAAAAACAUGCUGGAUAGCGGUUCUCGUGGAUCAGAGUUGCCCACCCCAGUUCUAGAUGGUGGUUCUGCCUAGCUUAGAGUUACUUCCUAGCCUGGCAAACCAGACUAAAAAACAAUGUUUAGUCUGGCAACGCUCCAUUGACGCGGCUCUCGGUCGUGAGAUGGGUUCUACCCUUUUCUUUCAAAUGAUCUCCGCAUGCUACUGGACAAUGAACUAGGGGUUGUAUGAACUAGUCGACUUGACUGCUCUGUAGUGACUUUUUAUGCCUGUCAUCGACUAGUCGCUGUCACGUGAUAAUGACCGACGAGAUGGAGUCCUCCGAAAAGACAGCAGCCUGCUGUCAGCAGGUGAUGAGCUCCUGCGCAUCAGGAGGCAACGCGCUGUGCCAGAGCGUCGGUACUGAGACCCGCCGUAAAACGGACAUUUGACCGAGUUGUGACCUUUACCCUCUUGCAAUUUAACCUUCCCCUCACCCCCAUCCUGACCUUAACCAGCUUGCGCAUGCAAAGCUCUGAUCGUUGACGCGCUCCAGACAUCUGCGUCCUGAGCACGGCCGCAGUAACAUUAUCAAAUCAGGUGUCGCCACCUCAAAAACUAAUUUAACACGCGAUCAUUCAUGUCGGCUCAUUUCCUUUUAUGUUUCCUGUCUUUUAUUUGUGCCUGAUGCGUUUCGCUACUAUGGAGCGGAGCGCAUCACCUUUUUUGUCCUCCGGUGACGCACCUCACCAGUGCGGCCGGCGCACACUCCGCUGUUUUAGCGGGCGGUAGAUCUUUUAGAACUGCAGUUCAAAGGUAACUCAUAAGGUGAAUCUAUAUGAACCCAGGUAGCAGUUUCUCUUUAGGAUUGAGAGGAGAUGCAGGAAGAUAAUAAACAGGCAGGACAGAAAAAUAUUCCAAUAAAAACAAGUUAGUUUUUGUACCUGGUGGUUGCAACAAACAAACACCACUGAAGGUAAUCAGAAGUGAGGAACAGAAAAUGAAAUAAUUAUUUUAAUGUUUAGAGCAGCAGGAACUCUGAGAGAAUGCAGGCGCACCAGUGAGUUUGUGGGCGCUGCGCAGGGGGAGGGGGGAGAGGGCUGAAGCGGAGCAGUAUAGAUGCAGAAACUACCGUUGUUAAAAGAGAUGCGUUUAACAUAGAAAAUGUGGGCGCAAUUUUAAUUGUCAAAAACUCCCAACGAACCAACCGGUCUACGACUGCUACCCGGUCUUCAGUUUGAGUCGUGUAGGUAUGACAUCACUGUAACAUGACUGGAUAGUUCAGAUGUUGGUCUUAAGCCCUUAACCAGUAACUGUCCCUGAGACUUUCUCAGCCUUCUACCCAGCUGAGGCAGGCCCGGUUUGAGAUGGUACUCCUGCCAUGUUCAGAACUUCUAUGGGAGGCCAGUCAAUUGAUUUACCAAGGGGAGGACAGGUUAGUGUGAUGAUGCUUUUAAGUGUUUUAGCAGAAAGGUAAAGGUUACAUGUUGAAGAUGGCUCUCUGAACAGAGGUAUCACCCCCCCAAAUCUCAGGUGUGCACCAUGCCCAGUCAAACCGCCUCUAACUAGUUUCAUCACUAGCUGUUAACGUAUCUGUCCAAUCAGGAGUAAUCUGAAAAGCCACAGGUAGGAGAAACACAGAGCUAGGAAAAGGCCUAUAGUUCAUGGGUUUGCCUCCCCCUCCCCAACCACCACUAAAGGUACCUUAAGCUUGGUUUAUGCUUGACGCGUCCGUGAGGUCCGCAUGGCUCCGUGCUGCAAAAUUGCAUCAUUUUAACCACCGCGCCUCCGCACGGCCCAAACUUUCCGCACCGCGCACCUAGGAAAUUUUCUAACCACGCAGACGGUCGGACGCGGAAAAAGAGGGCGGACUAGAACUAGUAUGGCAGAGGUUUGUAAAUACAGACAUUUGUAUGAUUCAGCUCUCAAAGAUCACCGUGAUCAACAUGUUAAUAAUUCUUGGAGAGAAAUAGCUCGCACUGUCGGAAAAGACGAGGACGCUGUUAAAAAUGCUGGAAUGCCAUGUUGUAAACAGCAGUAAUUUUUACUUCUACUAUGGUGUAGUGUUGGGUGCAUGCCGUAGAGCUCUAUGCUGCCCCCUACAGUUUGGGAGAAUAUUGGCUCACCGCAGAGACAAGCCGCAUGAACCAUAAACCUCCUCUCCAUGACUGAUGUCAAUUUGUUGUUGUUACUAUUGUUGUUGGCCUCAAGGGCAAAAUGUCGUUUAUCACUUGUAAGUCGCUUUGGACAAAAGCGUCUGCUAAAUACAUAAACAUAAACGCUGCAAGUUGUGAAUCGCGUUCCAUCCGCGAGCCGCAUCACCAAGCGGAAAGUGAAUGCGUCAAGCAUAAACCAAGCUUUAGUGAUGAAAGGUUGGUGGUCUUCUGAUGCGUGACGGAGAACUUGUUUUUACUUUUAUUUUCUCUUCACCUGAAUAUUCUGCUUGCUACCAAAGACUGACCUUCAGCCGUGAACUGAAGCAGCAGGUUUUUCUAACAGGAACACUUGUGUAGGGAGAGAUGCAAGAGCUAUAUUUUUGAACUUUCAUAUUUGUAAAGUGAAAUAUUGUAACGGUGUGAGAGACGCUACUGUUGGAGACCAGCAGCCGUCUGGUGAACAACCGCUACUCUUUGUACCAAACCUGCUUCAUGUAAACAAGCUGGGGGUGGUUUGUUUAUUUUAUCAGCUUUCAUUUGCAGAAUUCCACCCCACCCCCGACUUUCUCUUUGGGGAUGAUGCUAUUGAAUGCUGUACUUGUUUUUGUAUUUAACGGUAUCAGACAUCCUGUCCUAAUUAUGCAACGCGUCCAUCUCCUGUCCAGGAGAGAAGACAUAUAUUUAUAGUUUCAGUUCAGCCUCUUCAGUAUUUAUUUUCAAAUCGAGCCUUUGCAAUUGAGAAUGUAUGUUUGUAUGUUGAGUGUAACUGAUUAUAAAUGUGUGAAACAAAAUGUCUGAUUGUGUAACAGCUGCUGUUACUUGGCUAUGCACAGUCUAUGUGGGGUUUACUCACAUUUGUCCUGAUGCAAUCAGUUCUCCUCUCUCCACAGCAGGAGGUGAAGUCCCAGCAAUAACCAGGAAGCUCCACCCCACCUCCACUCAUUCCUGCAGCAGCUUGCUUUAGGGGGAAAGGUCAGGACGUCCUUCUGUAGGACACAUGGACAGCUGCUCUAGCCUUGCUGAUUUUUCACUAUUAAACCAAUUGCUGUGGACACA